GGUACAUAAGCAGCAGAGCAGUCCCGGCUCCAAGAGGCACCCCGAGGGGUAACGGUGUGGGGGCAGCAGGUCAAGAUGAAGUCUUGCAGGGGCCUUCUCUGCGCCCUGGCAUUCCUGAUGGCUGCUGCUGCCCCCAGAGCAGGCUUUGCCCAGGAGACCGAGUCCAGCUGCUGUGCACAGCUGAAGGGAUUAUCCCAGUGUGGAGCGGACAAGAAGAUCUUUUUCCAGGGCCAGCCAGGGAACCCAGGAAUGCCGGGCAUGCCAGGGACAAACGGCCUACCUGGGGCUAAAGGAGAUCCAGGACCUCAAGGGCCCCCAGGCGAGAAGGGCUCCCCUGGGGCAAUGGGGAAGGCUGGACCCAAAGGAGACAAAGGAGAAACCAGCAGUUCUGCCAGCUCUCAGCAGCAAGGGACAGGUGCCAGGAACUGCAAGGAGCUGCUGGAGCAGGGAGAGGGGCUGAGCGGCUGGUACCCCGUCCACCCCCAACCGGGGAGGACGCUGACCGUCUUCUGUGACAUGGAAACGGAUGGCGGGGGCUGGCUGGCAUUCCAGCGGCGACAGGAUGGGUCGGUGGAUUUCUAUCAGGGCUGGGAGGCCUACAAGAGAGGGUUUGGAAACCAAGCAUCGGAGUUCUGGCUGGGCAACGACAACAUCCACCUUCUCACCUGCUCCGGGACCUACCAGCUGCGGAUUGAUGCCAGGGACUUCAAUGAGUCCAGCACAUUUGCCAAGUACACCAGCUUCAAGAUGCUGAGCGAAAAGGAAAACUACACGCUUGCCUUGGGCUCCUACUUGGAUGGCACCAUGGGAGAUUCUCUCUCGGGACACAACAAGCUGGGCUUCUCCACACGGGAUAAAGACCAUGACACCUUUGGGGGCAGCUGUGCCACCCUCUACAAAGGCGGCUGGUGGUAUGGGCAGUGCCACUCCUCGAACCUCAACGGGCUGUACCUCAAAGGUGAACACAGCUCCUACGCCAACGGGAUCAACUGGUCCACCGGGAAGGGGCACCACUACUCUUACAAAUACGUGGACAUGAAAAUAAGGCCCCAGUAG